GUUGUUUAAGCGGAGCUACGAGGAGAAGCAACAACUUUAUUCCUUCCGAAAAAAGUGCAAAAAUUGUUAAAUAAAUAUUUAAUAAUAAUUAACAUUUAAAUUUAUUUGUCAAAAAUUAAAGAUAGUGAAAAUAAUGAAUAGUGCAUUUAAAGCUGAAGAUAUCACUUUAAACGCACACCAAUGGACGUUUGAAGGAGAUUGUAAGUUACUGGAAUGGAUGAAGCAAAUAACGGAGAACUUAGAAAGUAGAACAAACAAAACUACGGAAGCCUUUGAUAAACUUAAUGUAGAUGUUAAACGCGCCAAUAUUGCCUUAGAUAAUGCAGCGAAUAGUCUCACAGCAUUACAAUACACUCAGUUUGUGGAAAGUCGCUGUCAUGAUGAUGAUGAAACUAUCGCCAAUCAAGCAGAAGUUCCUAUUGAUUUGGUAAAAGUAUGUAUUUAAGAUGAUCACAUAUGUGAUCACAUACCAAACAAAGUUUUUUUCUCCGUUCUGUAACUGCUUGAACUGCACUACAACGAAGACUCUUCUGUA